AUGGCAAAGAUAGCGCAUUUGUCCCUGCUUUGUUGCUUGGUGUUGAAGAGUAUCUUGGUCCUUGCUAGGGAUCCGGCGAAUGCACUAGAAAAAAUAACAGAGUUUAGACAACAGCAUAGGAGAACCCUGGACGGGAGGCUAUGCGCUACCGCCUUCUUGCACGAUGACCAGACAUACACAGACUGUACGAGCGCAACUUCUCCGGAUGGCACAAGUGGAAGAGAGUGGUGUUACGUGGAAGUGCAACUGUUGGGAAAAGGGUCUCGUGAUUGGGAUUACUGCGCGAACGCAGUGAAUUACGACAAGGUGAGGCUUCAUGCGAAGAAGGUGUUCGAAGACAAGUCGAUAGAAGCAGAUAGAUUGAAAGAACGAUUGCACGUGUUGAACAGUCGAGUGCACAGUAUGUUGCAAAAAUACGACUCCGUAUGUGGAGAGAAACACCAAUUGAUAUCCUCUAAAAUAGGAAAAAUUAAGCAAUGGGUUCAGACCGGUGUAGAAUCACUAAGGAAAAUUGAAGAAAACGCUACGGAUUUAGAUGCAACCAAAAAUAUAAUCGAUAAAGUACAAGUUGAAAUAAAGAGGGAAAAUAAUGGAUUCAUAGAUGUAGAAAAGAACUGUGAAAAUUUUGAUGGUUAUGAGAAGGAGCCGCAUAGUGAUGGGCUCAAGGUGUCCUACUUUAAUAACCCCUUCUUAGAAGGAAUUCCUGUGGAAAGUAAAAUGGAAAAGAAAAUAAACUUCUCCUACAGUAAUAGAGGGCCUUCUGACAUGAUCUCUCCGUAUAGAUACUCCAUUCGGUAUGAGGGUUACCUAAUGAUACCACACAGUGGCAUGUAUAUUUUUACAGUUGAGACGAAUUGUUACGCUAGACUACUAUUGAACGGAAAAGUGGUCCUUACACAUGGUUUCUUGGAAUCAGGUAGGAACAAGAGCGGAGCAGGAAUGGAAGAGAUACAGACAUUCAGUCGAGGAGAUCAUUCCUCAUUGGACCCCCAUGGGGGAGUCUCUACGUUGGUAGAAAUGAAUGACGAACCGAGCAACGUAGUGAAAGUGUCCAAUCCGAUAGAGCUCGUCGGAGGAGAAAAAAGUAGAUUCAUCUUGGAAGUAUCCCACUCAUCUCACUUGAAGUAUGAGAAUGGUAAUUUUAUGUAUGGACCUGGAGUGUCCACAAAGGAAUCGUCUUCCCUUGUAGAAGGAACCCCAAAUGUGGAGAGACCAGCAUCGGCCUCUUUCACACUACUCUGGCAGUCCAGUAGAAUAGAUAAACAACCCAUUCAGAGUAGCUACCUCUUCCAAGAUAAUGUGGUCCCUCCCGUGAGGUUCUCCGCAUUGGAUGCAAACCUAUUCGACGUUGGAAUAGUGGACAAACAGGAGGAAGUAUUCAUGGAUGACGACAACUGGGUCAUCAGCAGUGUACCGAACAAGUACCUGGGAUUACAUCUACUCAAAACAAAUUCUAGAUUCCAAUUUUCACACUUCUCCGUAUCUAUGAACACGGGUUGUAACUUGUACAUCUCUGCACCUGUUGGAGAAGUAUUUCCCUUGAGUCCAUCCAAAGAUGGAACGACAUGGAAAGCAUUUGACACGGACGAUAAAAUAGAAUUGGUUCACAGUGUAACAAAGGAGAAGAAGAUUUACAAACUGAAAUUCAUUCCUUUGAGGAAUCAAGCGAUCCUAAGAAUAGAUGUUCUAGUAGGAGUUCCCUUUUGGAUUAUAUCAGAAAACAGGAAAAUACUACCAACGAUAUGUACUGGAGAUGAGGAAGUGUUGUCCAACCCACAGAAUGAGGCCUUCAAGGAGUGUACAUCAUCGAGCAGUCUAUCUCCCCAAUUUGAUUGUCUAGCUGGAUUGAGCACAUAUCAUAGGGAUAAAAAGAACCACACGUGGAAAACUUCCAAAGGAUCUAUAGGGCAGUUUAUUAAGAUAUACUUUAAAAAGCCUGUACAGAUUAAUAAGUUUAAGUUUAAACCGAUGGAUGAUAUUUUGUCUUGGCCAUCCGAAUUGGCUCUCCACUUCGAUGAUGAUGAAGAGGUGGUCUUACCGAUUCUACACACACACAGCAUGGAGGAAAAUACGACUCGAUUAGAACAUCCAGUAAUUACCACAUCUGUCCGGAUAGAAGUGAGAGAUAUGUUUGAAAGAGGAAAUGAAAAUACAGGGGGUUCUUUCGAAGUUAUCGGAAGUACAUGCAAUAUCCUGGAAGACGACUACAUGAUUCACCAUGCAGUGCUUGAUAUUUCUCAGUGUGAUAGUACGUUGAAUAGUUUUCCAGAUGUUAUUCCAUUAAUGAAGGGUAAUAAACUAUUAGCUAUUUGUCAUGAUAAUUGUUUGGAAAAUUCCGAUAAGGAAGUUAUCUAUGGGUCUGAAUUGUAUUCUACGGAUUCCGCUAUAUGUAAGGCGGCGAUACACGCAGGGGUAUGCAAGAAGGGAGAGAAAAAUAGUUGCCGCUUCUUAAUUGUAGUGACUGGUGGACAAACAAAUUUCGUGGGAACGUUACAAAAUAAUGUUAUUUCUCUAAGUCGGAGCUCUAACUCCAACUUUUCAUUUUCGUUGUCCAGUGUGUUCACCACUCAGGGGGGCUCACAGGGUUCCUACAGAGUAACCACCCCAAGUAGCUAUUCCGUCGUGUUUAAGUCAAAUGAGCAUUUUAAUCCACCGAAUAAAUUCCUAAUUGACUCAGGGAGAGAGUUCACUAACUACGGAAAUAUUAGUUACGGAUGGAAGAAGGCAAUUUCUUCUUCUGUUAGUUCUACUUCUCCACCGUUAGCAGAGUCUGUUUUCCUGAAGGGCAAUUCGCCAUUCAAUGGGCUUUACUCCGGUGGGAUCCAAUUUCCCCAUGCUUCAGCUAGCCAAAAUUGUAUUUCGGAAGUGGAUUGCCAAGCCAACUUUUGGAAGUUCCAGAUGCACGAAAAUGGCACCUACUCUGUGCAGGUGCUAGUGGGAAAUAAAACAUCCCCUGAUAAGCAGAAGGCCUUUCUAGAAGUGAAUGGCAUUCCCAUCAUAAAAGGUGUGGAUCUUGCACCGGACGAGGUUUUUGUCGCGACGGAGAGUUUCCAGGUGACGAACAGAUCUCUCGUCUUCACGUCCACUUGCCUCGGUGGCGAGACCAUCUGUUCGCGGGCGCAGGUGAGCGUAUUGGCCGUCCAAAUUGUGAAGGCAUAA